UCCCUCACUUUUGCUUCCUUUCUAGCUAAGUUUCGUCAUUUCUCUCUCUAUAUGUAGCUUUGUUUGAUGGGUUGAAGGGCUUAAGGACUUAGUUGACUUGCUAGACUUGGUUCAAAACUAGAGAAAGAUGGAGAGGGAGACGAGAGCAAUUCCCAAAGUCUCUGGGUUGACCCAGCGGCUGUUUUCUUGGUCCCUUGAAGACAUUCAGAACGAAGAUCUUUACAAGACCCAGGUGGGAAAGAUUCCUGGUACAUUUCAAUCAGCAGAGCAUUAUUUUGCAUCAUUUGUAUACCCUUUACUGGAAGAAACAAGGGCUCAACUCUCUUUAGGUUUGGAGCUGAUUUCCAGGGCACCUUUUGCUGAAGUUAUCUGUAUUGACAAGGUUGAAACAGAUGAAGAAUUACUAUACAAUGUCAGGGUUGAUUACUGGAGAAACAGGUCCGCUGGCCGUUGUCUGGACCCUUAUAGAACAGUGCCUGGAGAUAUUGUUAUUUUUGCAGAUGCUAAACUUGAAACUUUUUCUGAUGUACAAUGCUUGGGAGGAAGACAUGGGCUUUUGCAUUGUCCGAGUAUCAAAGAGAGAACAGAAGGAGAUGGGAAGAACAAAUGGACCUUCAUGUAUUUCCUAAUUAAUAUAACAACUGGUGAAAGAAUUUGGAAUGCACUACACAUGUCUGGGAAUCUGAAUAUUAUCAAACAAGUGUUGUUCACUGAUUCAACGGUUAAAGAAAGUUGUGAACUCUGUCCAGAGAGCAGCAGUGGAGUAUGCACUGAAAAUUUUGGCACAAUCCUAUCGUCUAAGCUGAAUAAGUCUCAAAUGGCUGCGGUUUUGGCUUCACUUCGUAAAAUUGACUGCAACCACAAGUCAUCUGUGGAACUUAUCUGUGGCCCACCAGGAACAGGGAAGACUAGAACUAUUAGUGCAUUGCUAUGUGCUCUCUUGGGAACAAACAUAAGGACUCUUACUUGUGCUCCAACUGCUGUUGCAGUUAAGGAGGUGGCAUCUCGGGUUAUGAAGCAUUUGAAAGAGUCAUUCGAAACGGACCCUCAGAAGGAUGCUUCGAUUUGUUCCUUGGGAGAUCUUCUCUUCUUUGGUGACUAUGACUCCACUGCAGUUGGUUCAGAGAUGAAAGAGAUAUAUUUGGAUCAUCGUGUAGAAAGACUGGCAAAGUGCUUUGAGCCACUAAAUGGUUGGAGGCAUUCUUUCAACUCAAUGAUAGUUUUCCUUGAAGGUGGUGUUUCUGAGGACCGUGUCUCUGAAGAUGAAUUGUCUAAAAUGGAGGAAGUACUUGAAAUUCAAGAAAGACUCAAACAGAAAUAUGAGAACAACGAUAGGUUUUCAGUAAAGGUACAGACAAUUGAUGGGUUCCAGGGUGGAGAAGAAGAUAUAAUACUGAUAUCAACUGUACGAGCUAAUAAUUUUGGAUCAGUUGGGGUGAUGGCCGAUGUUAAAAUAACUAAUGUUGCUUUGACAAGAGCUAGACAUGGUCUUUGGAUUUUGGGGAGUGAAAGGACCCUAGUUAUGAGUGAAACAGUGUGGAAAGAUAUUGUCCAUGAUGCUAAGGAUCGACAUUGUCUUUUGAAUGCUGAUGAAGAUUGUGAUUUGGCCAAUACUAUAUUUAAGGUCAAGGCAGAGCUUGAUGAACUGGAUGAUUUGCUUAAUAGGGAUAGUUCACUGUUCAACAGUAGUAGAUGGAAGGUGUGUAGGAUGUGGUAG